CGUUCGGGUAUGUCCCCUUCUCGCUUCGUUAGCCAGAGCUAUUUGGUUAGCUAGAUAUUUUGUUAGCUAUAUAUAUAUAUAUAUUGGAUACCUUGUACGGGAUAUAUGGACGUGAUGGGAUUGAUAUAACAGGCAAAAAAACCUAAGCUAGCAUCAACAUCUUUUUUUAAAAGUGCAACUAUGUUCGGUCGGUCACGGAGUUGGGGAGGAGGACAGGGGAAAACAAAAAAUAUUCAUUCCCUGGACCAUCUCAAGUAUAUGUACCAUGUCCUGACUAAGAACACCACGGUAACCGACAGCAACAGGAACUUGCUGGUGGAGACCAUUCGCUCCAUCACUGAGAUACUCAUCUGGGGAGACCAGAACGACAGCUCCGUCUUCGACUUCUUCCUGGAGAAGAAUAUGUUUGCGUUCUUCCUGAAUAUCCUUCGCCAGAAGUCCGGUCGCUACGUCUGUGUCCAGCUACUUCAGACGCUCAACAUCCUGUUUGAAAAUAUCAGCCACGAGACGUCGCUCUAUUACCUGCUGUCCAACAACCACGUCAACUCCAUCAUCGUUCACAAGUUUGACUUCUCAGACGAGGAGAUCAUGGCUUAUUAUAUCUCCUUCCUGAAGACCCUGUCACUCAAACUGAACAACCACACUGUCCACUUCUUCUAUAACGAGCACACUAAUGAUUUUGCCCUGUACACCGAGGCCAUUAAGUUCUUCAACCACCCGGAGAGCAUGGUCCGUAUCGCAGUCAGAACCAUCACACUGAACGUCUACAAGGUGGACAACCAGCACAUGCUGCACUACAUUCGAGACAAGACGGCGGUCCCUUACUUCAGUAACCUGGUCUGGUUCAUCGGCUCCCACGUCAUAGAGCUGGACAAGUGUGUUCAGACAGACCAAGAGCAUCGUAACCGGGGGAAGCUGAGUGACUUGGUAGCAGAGCAUCUCGACCAUCUCCACUACCUGAACGAUAUCCUGACGAUCAACUGCGAGUUCCUGAACGAUGUCCUGACAGACCACCUGCUCAACCGCCUGUUCCUGCCUCUCUACGUCUUCUCUCUGGUCUGCCCUGAGCAGUCUGAAGAUCGUAAGAUCAACCCUCAGGUGUCCCUUAACCUACUGUCACAGGUGUUUCUCAUCAUCCACUACCAGCCGCUGGUCAACUCUCUGGCUGAAGUCAUCUUCAACGGAGACCUGUCUGUCUUCACACAGCACAGAAACACAGUCAGCGCAGGCGUCCGUCGCUUCACCAAGCCUCCUGAGUCUCUGGAGCGGUCUCUCGAGCUGUCCUGCAAUCGGGGGCGCAAGCGAGCUCAGAAACGCCCCAACUAUAAGAACCUGGGAGAGGAGGAGGAGGAGGAGGAAGAGGAGAGGCCGGGGGGAGGAGAGGAGGGCUUGGAGGACAGCGAGAGAGCGAGGGAGAAGGCUAAAGGUACAGAAGGGAGCAGUAAGGGAAGCAGCAGGACAAGUGGGGAGAUGGAAGAGAUAGAGAUGGUGGUGAUGGACAAGGGGAAAGAGACGUUGUCGUCGACGACGGAACAGAAUAUCACCGACGAGGAGAAGACUGCUGCCGCUGCUCGCACACAGAGGAGGAGACCGUUCCUAGACAUGGUGUACAGUGCUCUAGAUUGUAGUGAAGACGAUUACCAUGCUCUGUUUGUGCUCUGUCUUCUCUACGCCGUGUCACACAGCAAAGGUAUCAACCGUGAGUUGUUGGAGAGGCUGCAGCUACCAGUCCCAGACCAGGAGAGGAGCUGCUACAGCCAGGUGUUGGUGGAGAGACUCAUACGAGUGAUGAACGUGGCCGCACAACCAGAUGGUAAGGUACGUCUGGCUACUCUGGAGCUGAGCUGUCUGCUGUUGAAACGGUCCGUCCUCUCCUCUUCCUCCUCCUCUUCCUCCUCUCCUGCUCACUGCAUCAUCAAGGACGUACACCUGGCCUGUCUCGAGGGAGCCAGAGAAGAGAGUCUGCAUCUCCUACGGCGUUUCUAUAAGGGGGAGGAGAUCUUCCUGGACAUGUUUGAAGAUGAGUACAGGAGCAUGACGAGUAAGCCCCUGAACGUGGAGUACCUGAUGAUGGACGCGUCCGUUCUACUUCCCCCUACUGGUACUCCUCUGACUGGAAUAGACUUCGUUAAGAGACUGCCCUGUGGAGGAGUAGAGAAGACCAGACGGGCCAUCCGUGUGUUCUUCAUGCUGAGAUCGUUAUCUCUCCAGCUGCAGGGAGAACCAGAGACGCAGCUUCCUCUCACUCGCUCUGAAGACCUCAUCAAGACCGACGAUGUUCUGGACCUAAAUAACAGUGAUCUGAUAGCCUGUAUGGUGGUCAGUAGGGAAGGAGGUCAGGCUCAACGGUUCCUGGCGGUGGAUGUUUACCAGAUGAGUCUGGUUGAACCUGAAACUAAACGGUUGGGCUGGGGAGUGGUCAAGUUCGCUGGUCUGCUACAGGACAUGCAGGUGUCUGGUGUAGAGGAUGACAGCAGAGCUUUAAACAUUAUCAUCCACAAACCCUCGUCCAACCCCCACGCCAAGCCCCUCCCCAUCCUGCAGGCAAACUUCAUAUUCGCCGACCACAUCCGCUGCAUCAUCGCUAAGCAACGCCUGGCCAAGGGCAGGAUACAGGCCAGACGCAUGAAGACACAGAGGAUAGCAGCGUUACUCGACCUUCCUGUCCAGCCCAGUUCGUCAGAGGUUCUGGGCUUCGGCCAGACAGGAAACACUGCUGCCGGCGGUCAACUCCCUUUCCGCUUCUACGACCAAUCACGUCGAGCGCCCAACGACCCCACCUCACAGAGAUCUGUGUUCGCCUCCGUUGACAAAGUUCCAGGGUUUGCGGUGGCCCACUGUGUAUCUCAGCACAGCCCGUCCCCCCUCUCCUCCCCCUCCCCCCCCUCCUCAGGCAGCACCGGACCAUGUGACUCUGUUACAGCCAGUACGAUAUCAGCCAACAGCCCUACAGAUGAGGAGACGUUCUUGGAGCACACCCCUCCUUCGUCCUCCGGUGGAGAGGCAGGAGGAAGAGGAGGAGGAGAGUUAACCGGUUCCCCUGUCCCGUCUGUCCUGGCCCCCAGCCUCACCCCUGCCUCCCAGCCUAACAUCUCUCUACUGACCGACGACAACACAGACUCUCUGAGCGUCGAGUCACUGACCCUGCUGCCCCCCGCUGACCACCUACACGCACUCGGCUCACACACACACCUCGGCUCACACACACACCUCGGCUCACACACACACCUCGGCUCACACACACACCUCGGCUCACACACACACCUCGGCACUGAUACGGCUAUCAGGGAGGAGGAGGAGGAGGAGGAGGAGGAGGAGGGGCUAGAGAAGAGAGAAGGGAAGGAGCCAAAGGAGGAAGUGGAAGGGUCGGCGAUGGAGGAGGAGGAGGAGGAGGAGGAGGAGGGGCUAGAGAAGAGAGAAGGGACGGAGCCAAAGGAGGAAGUGGAAGGGUCUGCGAUGGAGGAAGAGGAGGAGGAGGAGACUGAAACCGAUACAACAAUUCAAGAGACAGCUGAAGCAGAGAUGGGAACGCCUACUGAGCAAGACACGCCCCUAGAGGCAGAGGGAGACACACCCCUUUCUUCUGAGGGAGACACACCCCUUUCAGCUGCAUCAGAAGGGGAGGAGACUGGUCAGGACACACCCACGGGAGAGGAAGCAGAGAAAGACACACCUCCGAAAGAGGACACACCCACCGAAACAGCGUGAUUAAAGAGGACACACCCACAGAAACGCCAUGAUUAAAGAGGACACCCACCGAAACAGCGUGAUUAAAGAGGACACACCCACAGAAACAGCGUGAUUAAAGAGGACACACCCACAGAAACACCCUGAUUAAAGAGGACACACCCACAGAAACACCCUGAUUAGAGGACACACCCACCCUGAUUAGAGGACACACCCACACCCUGUGUGAUAGGAUAGGAGAGUAGUCCCGCCUCUCUAAAAUCACCCCUCCCUUUCCAGUUGUUUUGACCAGCUCUCUGGCUCCUCCCACUAGAUUCAGCAGCCUGCUCGCGCAUGGCUAACGACCAGAGGAGUGUGGAUCCCUGUCUCUGUCUCUCACACAGCAGUAGAGAGCAGAUCCCUGUCUCUGUCUCUCACACAGCAGUAGAGAGCAGAUCCCUGUCUCUCACACAGCAGUAGAGAGCAGAUCCCUGUCUCUGUCUCUCACACAGCAGUAGAGAGCAGAUCCCUGUCUCUCACACAGCAGUAGAGAGCAGAUCCCUGUCUCUGUCUCUCACACAG